AUGCAUGCUCGUCAUCACGAAAGAAAUCAUCACAACAUUGUAUUUACAGGUCUCAGGGCCCAGGGAGUGUCUCCGUACGACUGUGUCGCCAGCUCUGGAGAUGGCAUCUACCAGCUCGUUCUGACUGACUCUGAUGGCUGUCCUGCAGACGGAUCUACCAUCGUAUCUCAACUAAAGGGACAUAAUGGCGUUCUUAAAUCCGAACCCUUCGAGUUGUUCGCCUUUGCUGGUCAGAACAAUCUACAGAUCUACUGCUCCUUCCAGUUCUGCUUCACAGCAGAGGAUCCACUAUGCACUGAUCGAUGCACUACCAGGAGAAUGGCACGUCUGACCACCACCAGCUACCAUACGGCGGAUACCACCAGCAGUGAUUACCAAAGGUCGUGUACCACUGAUUACUACUACUGGUACACCAGCCCUUAUUACUACUGGUCCUCCCCCUCGUACUGGUACCGCAAGAAGCGAGAAGCCAACGCAACUGAGUUCGCCACCGCACAGGUCGAGAUCAUUAAAGAAUCCACCAGCACGGUCACCAAGCAGACUGCCAGUAUGGCGGCUAAUAACACAGCGGGUCUGGUUGCCUGGGCAACGCUUCUGUUCCUGGCUUUUCUUCGCUUCUUCAAAGCCUAGCUGUCCUUGUUUCGUUGGUUAUUCUAGUUUGAUAUUUAGUGUGGCAUGUAUACCAUGCUGCUGCCCUAUUUUAUGUCUACAACUGUCUAACCAUGUUUAGAAAGGCCUGCCGCUAUAUAUUAUUUUAGACACUACAUCACAUGUUUACAGGGCUUCAUGUCUGCAGAUAGAGAAUGAACAAUCAGGAUUUUGUCUACUAACAUUAGAUGAAUCACACUGACAGCCACGGACACGGCAGCUAAAGUAACUCUUAUGAUUUGCACAGCUGGCACAAUAGUAUAUGCUUGCUUUUUAUUUAGUUGGUGUCACAAUUUCUCUUGGAUUUGGUUUUAUUUGGUUAAAUCAGGGAUGCAUAAUAUGUCUAUAUGUAAAUUAAAAGAGCGACACAUUUUAUUUAGGAAUCUGAAGAUCAGUUAAAUAGUUUGGUCAAAUCAACAAGGAGGGUGAGGUUAA